UAAUUGAAGCAUGUUAUCAUAAUCAAGAAAUGAGCUCUAAUUUUAGGUAUACAGUUUAUAGACUACAAUGUGUAAACAGCUAUACGCGUGUUGUAGUACGCCUAGAAGGAAAAUCUGGUUAACUCAGCUGUGGGAUAUGACAGUGCUACUAGCUAGCUAGCUAGCUAGCUACCCUCCUAGAGAACUGAGUUCUGACCAGAGUGAACAAGCAAGCAAGCAAGCCAGCUAACCUCGUCGGAUUGAUGUUGCUUUUACCGAUCUGUGACAUGUUUUAUUUCUAUACCUCUUCCAAAGACAGCUCGCUCUGUUGUGCGUACUAAGGCCAGUAGACAAGCUUCUGUCUUCGCCGGCCAUGGACGAGGGGACGCUAGUGGCGUCCAUCCAGACGUACAGCGGCCAGCUGCAGCAGGUGGAGGCGGCUCUAGCGGCCGGGGUAGAUCCCGAGCAGCGUGCCGACCUCCUGCAGUUGAGGGGCGACUUGCAGCAGCUGGUGGAGCUGACCGAGUCCAGUCUCCUCAGCCUGAGGAAGAGCCAGCUGCUUGCUAGCCUGGAGGAGCAUACGGAGGCCCUGCAGGGACACACAGAGCAGAGCCAGCUCCUGGCCAACCACCUGGGGGCUGCCAAUACAGACAGCCAGCAGGGACACACAGAACUUGGCGAGCAUGGCGAUGAGUGUGCCUCGUUCUACUCGGAGUUGACUGGCUUGGGAGGGGACAGCCACUCAUCGGCGCCUGCCAGGGAGGACCACGGAGAGGAGGAGGAGGAGGAGGAGGAGGUAAUUUCUAGCGGGAGUAAAGUACGAGCGCCUUACCGCACCUCCUGGGGGACUCUGGAGUAUCAUAAUGCCAUGGUGAUGGAUGCGGAGCCUGCAGAAGAAGGGGAGGAGCUUGUCCGUGUCCUCUACCUUCACCCCACCCACCGCGCCAUGAAGCCCUGCCCCUUCUACCUAGAAGACAAGUGCCGUUUCCCAGACAACUGCAGGUUCUCUCAUGGGGAGGUGGUGGCGGUGGCCGAGCUCAGAGACUUCCUGGAGGCGGACCUUAGUGAGCUGGAGGAGGGAUCUUCCUGUCUGGCGCGACAUGACGAUGGAGUGUGGUAUCCUGCCAAAAUCACUGAGUUGAAGGGUGGUGUGUACAAGGUGAAGUUUGAUUCGCUGCUGUUGAAGGAGGCGGAGCUGGAAGCAGAUGGGGUGAUCCCACCAAUGCGCACGGAUGAUCCCGUCUCCUCACAAUCCGAGUCUGAGGAAGAUGCAGAUGCAGGCUUUGCUAAAGUGGUCGACAGCGUGGACACUGGCUGGACGGCGGUGAACUGCUCUGAGUUUGGCGGUUGGGAGGUUCACACACGCGGAAUCGGCUCCAGACUUCUCAUGAAGAUGGGCUACGAGCAGGGAAAAGGUCUGGGUAAGGGUCUGGAGGGCCGGGUGGAGCCGGUGCAGGCGGUGGUGGUGCCGCGGGGGGCGGCGGCCCUGGCGGAGUGCGGAGAGCUGACCCGAGCUCUGGCCUCUCAAGUGCGCCGACCCAAACCGCCGGGCGGCGCCGCCACUGGCCCCAGGAAGCGGCUCAGGAGGAAGCGUGGGGGGGGCGGCGAGCCCAACGUCUUCGACUUCCUCAACGCCAAGCUGGGUCCAGCGCAGGGCCGCUCGUCUGGACCGGCCGCGGCCGCAGCACCGCGCGACGCCUACAGGGGGCGGCAGAGCGACAAGAGGGCCAUGAACGUGCAGCUGUUCCAGGCCACGGAGAGGGUCGCGCAGACCCAGAAGGAGAUCCAGGAGCUCACACACUCACUCAAACGCAAGGCCGGCAGGGACGCUGCGGUGGUCAGUCGUUUGGAGGAGAAGCUGGCUGCGGCUCAGAAGCGUCUCGUUCAGCAGAAAUCUCAGGAGCAGCUCCUCCAAUCACAACGCAAGAGGGCUGAUACACACAAGAACAUGACAGAAUUCUGACCAAUCACAACGCAAGAGACACAUGCAGGGACAGUGUUCUGACUAAUAAUCUGAGAGAGCCGGCACACAUGAACAUCGCAGAGGCCUGUUCAGGCCCCCCACACACACACACACACACUCUAGAACACAAAGAGAGAGUGGAUGACAGACAUGUCAUCAACACGACAGGGCCAAGGACGUGAUGAUGUUCCGAUACGCGCUCACAAGAACAUUACAGACUUCUGACCACACCCAAGAACACACAUCCCAGUUCUGAGCAGAACCCUCAGAACUCAGAACAUGAUCCAGCCCUACAUCAGCGGUCACGCCAGAGAUCUGAACUCCUAACACGGUCCUUCUGUGUGACUCAUGGUGUGUGUGUGUGUGUGUGUGUGUGUGUGUGGAGGACCAGAGUGUGAGUCUCUCACAGACUACAGUGGAUUUGUAAGAUGAGCUCUUGGGGCUAUUUUGUGUUUUGGGUUGACCUUUUAGUUUCCAGGGAAAGUGAGAUAUGUUUAUGUUUGUACUUGUAAGUGUUUCUCUUUGUUUAUGUUUUUAUUUUUUAAAACAAAAUAUUAUUAAGAUGAGACCACAUGAGAAUCCCCUGCCUUCACCGUCGUCUGUGAUCUACUGGCACAAGUGUGUAAAACUCCAGUGAAGUCCGGUCCUUUGUAGCCUGCUCUGUAGAACUCUGCUCUGUAGAACUCUGCUCUGCAGAACUCUGCUCUGUAGAACUCUGCUCUGCUUUGCUGGACUUCUCCCAGACGUCCUUAUCAGCUCCCCGGUCAUAGCUGGAUAGAGCGUCACCCUGAUGAAGCCAUAACGGGGAUCUGUCACUGCCUUGGGGUCCGCGUGGACCUAACGGGGGAUAGGGUUCUGUGCCAGUUAACCUUUUGUCGGUUUUCUUUUUCAUUUUUCAUUUUUCAUGUUUACUUUAUGGAAAUUAAAAAUAUCUCAACCUGUC